AUGGCCGCCUGUAUCUUCUGCAAGAUCAUCAAAGGCGACAUCCCCUCAUUCACGCUCUUUGAAAGCGAGCGAGUGUUCGCCUUCCUUGAUAUCCAACCAUUGAGCCAAGGCCAUGCUCUUGUCGUGCCGAAAGCCCAUGGUUCGAAGCUUACGGAUAUUCCAGACGAUCAGUUGGAAGAGAUCUUACCCGUAGCUAAAAAGCUGGCGAAGGCGACGGGCUCCGAGAACUACAAUAUCCUACAGAAUAAUGGGCGAUUGGCGCAUCAAGAGGUUGACCACGUUCACUUCCACAUGAUACCCAAACCGAACCAGCAGGAAGGGUUGGGUAUUGGCUGGCCAGCAUCAGAAACAAACAUGGAAAUGCUAAAGACGUAUUUCAAAGAGGUCCAGGCGAAAAUGUAG